AUGUCCGCAUCAGACGGGCCAGAUAAUUACGACGAAGUAGUCGAGGAAAAGGCUGUCAACGAAGAAUACAAAAUAUGGAAGAAGAAUACACCAUUCUUAUACGAUUUAGUCAUGACCCAUGCACUGGAAUGGCCCAGUUUAACCGUUCAAUGGCUUCCUGAUGUCACUAGACCUGAAGGAAAAGAUUUUUCAACUCAUCGAUUAAUCUUAGGAACACACACAUCCGAUGAACAAAAUCAUCUCAUCAUUGCUAGCGUACAAUUACCUAACGAUGAUACCCAAUUCGAUGCCAGUCAUUAUGAUGGUGAACGUGGAGAGUUUGGUGGAUUUGGCUCUGCUAAUGGCAAAAUCGAGAUUGAUAUCAAAAUUAACCAUGAUGGUGAAGUCAAUAGAGCUCGCUUUAUGCCUCAAAAUCCAUGUGUCAUUGCAACUAAAACUCCAACCGCUGAUGUUUUGAUAUUCGAUUAUACCAAGCAUCCUUCUAAACCAGACCCCAGCGGAGAAUGUGUACCUGAGAUUCGCUUGAAAGGCCAUCAAAAAGAAGGCUAUGGUUUAUCUUGGAAUUCCCUCCUAACUGGCCAUUUAUUAAGUGCUUCUGAUGAUCAGACAAUCUGUUUGUGGGAUAUUUCAAGCCUUCCAAAGGAUUGUAAAGCAUCUGAUCCAAAAACUAUUUAUACCGGUCACACUAGUGUUGUUGAGGAUGUAGCUUGGCACCUUCUUCACGAUAGCAUUUUUGGCUCAGUUGCUGAUGAUCAUAGACUGAUGAUUUGGGAUACUAGAACAAAUAACCAUACGAAAGCUAGCCACAUUGUAGACGCUCACACUGCUGAGGUCAAUUGCUUGGCGUUUAAUCCAUUCAGCGAAUACAUCUUGGCAACCGGAUCGGCUGACAAGACUGUUGCCUUGUGGGACAUGAGAAAUUUGAAGUUAAAGUUGCAUUCUUUUGAAUUUCAUAAAGAUGAAAUAUUUCAAGUUCAAUGGUCGCCUCACAAUGAGACGAUCUUAGCAUCUAGUGGAACAGACAGAAGACUUAAUAUUUGGGACUUAAGCAAAAUUGGAGAUGAGCAAAGUGCUGAAGAUGCAGAAGAUGGCCCACCGGAGUUGCUUUUCGUCCAUGGCGGUCAUACUGCCAAGAUUUCCGAUUUUUCUUGGAAUCCUAAUGAACCGUGGGCCGUUUGUAGUGUUUCUGAGGAUAAUAUCCUACAAGUUUGGCAAAUGGCGGAAAAUAUAUAUAAUGACGAGGAAUUGGAUUCCCCUGCAAUUGAACAAGAGUCUAACGCAUCUUGA